UUCUUGCGUAUUUAUCAGCAUUUCUCACCAACUUAGAAGCAGUGCAAUUCCUAUCCAGAGCUAAUCGUUCACAAAGCUUUAAACGUCUCUGUUUAUAACGCAAUUUUAUCGACAUGAUGCUUAAUUACAAGGCUGGCCGCAUAAUAUCUAAAUUAGGCAACAAUACUUAAGUCGAUGUAUAAAUAAGCAACAGCGUCAACGCUACUGUGAAGCGCGGCCCCGGAAAAGUUUAACGCGCAUUUUAACGACUUAAUUAAUCAGCGAGGCGGUAUCUCAACGCCUCCGAGGGGCUCUGAUGAAUUUAUGAUGCUCCUCUGGAUUCGUUGAACUCGCAUCACGGUUCCUGAUAGCCGCAUAUCGUCAGUCAGCGCAGCGACCGGAACUGUAAAACCGUCUCAUCCCUCUCCGCUCGCGCGGGCAGAUUUACAGCGCGCUUCGGCCGCACGAGACAAACAGCAGCAAUCACCCGGCGGGGAGGAACGGAAGAACGGGGAAGGGUUUCGCGGCAGAGAGGAGAAGAAGCCCGAGGCGCAUUGUGUUAUGGAGCUGCGAAGGUUUUCGUGUUCCGGUUGAGGACGUUUGAAGGAACGUUUCACGGACCGCUCUUCAACGCAGAACUAGUUUGCGCUCGUUUCUCCGAACGGCGGCGGAUCGUCGGAAAGGACUUUUGGUUAACCUCAACAAGUUUCUCCUCUCCUAAAUCCCCACGUCGCGCUCCCGGGGCUCUCGCGUUCACGGAGCCGUCCGUUAAAAGUCGCUCAGGAUGUCGGCAACUCUACGCAAACGGAUAUGAGAUAAGGAACGCUUCGGUCACGCCGAGACAUCGCUUCAACUUAAUCGCGCGGGACCGUUCAUACGCCGCGUUUAUUGUUUGCCCGAACCGUUCGCUUCACGCCGUUCCGGGACGCCAGAAGUCGAGGGGGAGGACGCCGAAAGUCGCUCGCGAGGAUUCCGCUACACUUCUGCAGAUGUGCCCCGGUCCCAUUCUAACCAUCGUGUAGGUGUUGAUGGAGAGCCUUUCGAAUGACAGCCGGGACAGUGGUAAUCACAGGUGGAAUUCUAGCUACAGUAAUCUUACUGUGCAUUAUCGCUGUACUGUGUUACUGUAGGCUGCAGUACUAUUGCUGUAAGAAGGAGGAGUCGGAGUCAGAGGAGGAGGAGCCUGACUUCGCCGUCACGUCUCGUAUGCCGCCGGUGCAUUCAAACCACAACAUCCUGGCGGCCUCUGUCCCAACGUCAACCACUCCCAAUGGGCCUGCCCUCUUCACGCCUCCACCCACACGAAAGCUGACGCGCUCGCAGACGUACUGCCCGUCCUGUACGCAUUACGACCUGCCCUUCUACCUGCAGCAGCCGGACGGCCUGCGCAAUGGCGGCGAGCGCAUUAGCUACCGCAGCGUGCAUCAGCAGGAUCUGGGGCUGCCCGCUCCGCUGCCCGCCCCGCUGCCCGCCCAGCUGCCCACGCCGCUGCCCAACUACCACAAACUAAACCUCAGCCGCUCAGUCACCAUGAGGGAGAUGUUCACGCGAAGCUGCAGCAUUAGCACUGAUGUGUAGCCAGUCUGAACCACAUCAUGCUAAAUGCUAAUGGCUAACCGCAACAAUGCAGGCAACAGACUCAGCAUUCAGCAUUUCGUAAAGCUGUAGUGCUUGCCUGUGUAAAAAAAACUGAACAAUGUCGACAAUGUCCUCCCAGGGUGCCGAGCUUUUAGGGAGAUGGCCCAGUGUGAUUGUUCCUAACUGGAAACUAUAAAGGCAAAAAUGGGGUGAUAGCAAGCAUUCGGAGACUCUCUCUCCCUCAGCGCAUCCGCUUCACUCCUGAAUCCCUCGUUCUGCGAUUACUGGAAAGAGGAUUCAGAACGUUUUUAUCCUUUCCUUACAUUUUUCCCCAAUAUGCGGAAAUGCUGACGUCUUGAAUUUUUCAAUAUAUGGUCCGAAUCGAAACUUUUGUAUUGUUAUGUAGCUCGAGACAUUUAGCGGAAUAUUAACUGAUAUAACCACCAACUUCGUUUUAACAAGCCAACGUAUAUGGUAUGACUUACAAAAAGCCCUGAGCGGGCUGCAAUAAAACAUUUGGGUCAAAAUGUGUUUGAUUAUGAGGUAACACACGGGAUGAGAGGCAUUAUUUUGUACUGAAACAUUAGUUAUUGCGUGCGGUUCUAAAUACAAAUAGGUGUUUUCCCGAUUCGUUCAGGUUUGGAUGUUUAAAUAAUUUUGCUCUUCUUUUCUCCUUUCCGAAAAAUUUGACCAUUGAUCUUAUUUUACAAACCGAGAUGCGAGAUGGUUAUAAGGGCAGUGGAUUCUUGAUUUCAAGGGCUACGUUUGCUCUUUCUAAACGCUGCUUGUUGGACUAUGAACAGAACAUCUUCUGCCAGAAGGGUUUUCUAUCUUGCUCUUUCUCUCUGCUGUUCAUGCUUACAGAGGCGUCAGUUAGCCUGUUUACUGCGUUGUUGAUGUGAAAACAAGUGGGGCGUUGCACCAACUUUCUUCUUUUUAAUAAUGACACAGUGUUUCUAGCCUGUUUGACGGUGAUGUUCUUCUCUGGCUGGGUGUGUAGCUGCGUACUACAGACUUCUGUGAGCACCAUGUGGUUGUGUUGUGAUUUCAGAUUUCUCUCCUAGCUCUUCUUUCUCUCAUCAGAACCCGUUGAAAUCUCACGCCGUCUCUCUCAUGUGCGCACAUACAAGUUUCAGUGCCUGUUAAUACCAACUGUAUUAUUAUUAUUAUUAUUAUUAUUACUAUUAUUACUAUUAUUAUAGUUUUUGCAUCACUGCUUUAUCACAGUAUUUUGGUUUCAGUCAUAGAUAAAUAAUAUUGUUUCAUGUUCUAAAGUGAUGCCCAAAUGGUCCUGUAACUGAUAAUAAAAUUAAGUCUACAGUGUGGAUAAUAAAUUGGUUAAAAAACA